AUGACCGAGGGCGGUUCUGCUCCUAGUGCCCCCGCUCAGUCUGGUGCUCCUAGCGUUACCCCCAUCGUCGGUGGUGGUGCUGGCGGCUCUACUGGUGGUUCUACUGGCGGCUCUGGCUCUGGCUCUGGCUCUGGUUCUGGCUCCGGCUCUGGCUCUGGCUCUGGCUCUGGCUCUGGCUCUGGCUCUGGUUCCGGCUCUGGCUCCGGCUCUGGCUCUGGCUCUGGCUCUGGCUCUGGCUCUGGCUCUGGCUCUGGCUCUGGCUCUGGCUCUGGCUCUGGCUCUGGCUCUGGCUCUGGCUCUGGCUCUGGCUCUGGCUCUGGCUCUGGCUCUGGCUCUGGUUCCGGCUCCUGGUCCGGCUCUGGCUCUGGAGGUGCUGCUCCCUCUGGUAGCGUUGUUCCCGCCGGGCCCUCCGGCUCUGUCCCUGCUGUUCCUACCGCUAGCGUCCCCGAGGGCGCCAGCGCUGGUGCCUCCACCACCCCCUGUGACACCAUCACCGGCCAGACUGUUGUUCCCGUUGCUACUAUGACCGAGGGCGGCUCUGCCCCCAGUGUCCCUGCUCAGUCUGGCGGUGUUGUUCCCUCUGCUCCCGCUCAGUCCGGUGCUCCUGGUGCUCCCUCCGGUGCUCCUGCUCCCAGCGGUGGUGUCGUUCCCUCGUCUCCUGCUCAGUCUGGUGCCCCCGGUGCUCCCUCCGGUGGUGCUAGCGUCCCUGCUGUCCCCACUGCUAGCGUCCCUGAGGGUGCCAGCGCUGGUGCCUCUACCACCCCCUGUGACACUCUCACCGGCCAGACUGUUGUUCCCGUUGCUACUAUGACCGAGGGUGGCUCUGCCCCUAGUGCUCCUGCCCAGUCUGGUGCUCCUGCUCCCUCCGGUGGCGCUCCUGCCCCCAGCGGCGGUGUCGUUCCCUCCGGUGGUGCUAGCGUCCCUGCUGUUCCCACUGCUAGCGUCCCUGAGGGCGCCAGCGCUGGUGCUUCCACCACUCCCUGCGACACCCUCACCGGCCAGACUGUUGUUCCCGUUGCUACCAUGACCGAGGGCGGUUCUGCCCCCAGUGCCCCUGCUGAGUCUGGCGCCCCUGGUGCCCCCAGCGGUGUCAGCCCCUCCGAGACCCCUGCCGCUCCCGCUCAGUCUGGCUCUGGCAACGCUCCCAGCGGUGGCUCUCCCGCCCCCAGCGGUGGUGUCGUCCCCUCCGGCGCUGCUAGCGUCCCUGCUGUUCCCACUGCCAGCGUCCCUGAGGGCGCCAGCGCUGGUGUUUCCACCACUCCCUGCGACACCAUCACCGGCCAGACUGUCGUCCCUGUCGCUACCGAGACCGUGACUCCUGUCCCCGUUGCCACCUCGGCUACUGAGGGCGGUUCCUCUCCUCAGAUCACCACCGCUCCCGUCGCUGGCUCCGGCUCCGGCUCCGGCUCUGGCUCUGAGACUGAGGUGGUUACUGUCACCGUCACUGCUACUGUGAGCGUUUCGGCUUGCGACUGGUAA